AUGAGAGAAGUUAUCAGUCUCAACGUCGGCCAGGCUGGCUGUCAAAUCGCAAAUUCAUGCUGGGAGCUCUAUUGUCUCGAACACGGGAUCCAGCCCGAUGGCUAUCUCACCGAAGAACGCAAAGCCGCCGAUCCUGAUCAGGGCUUCAGCACCUUCUUCUCAGAGACAGGAAAUGGCAAAUAUGUUCCCCGUACCAUCUACUGCGAUCUCGAACCCAACGUCGUCGACGAGGUCCGCACUGGCCCUUACCGAAGCUUGUUCCAUCCCGAGCAGAUGAUUACUGGAAAAGAGGAUGCGUCGAACAAUUAUGCUCGUGGGCAUUACACCGUUGGCAAAGAACUCAUUGAUCAAGUCCUUGACAAGGUCCGCCGGGUCGCCGACAACUGCAGUGGUCUCCAGGGCUUUCUCGUCUUCCACUCUUUCGGUGGCGGUACGGGCUCUGGUUUUGGCGCCUUGUUGAUGGAGCGUCUUUCCGUUGACUACGGCAAGAAGUGCAAACUUGAAUUUUGCGUGUACCCGGCUCCUCAAGUUGCCACCUCUGUUGUUGAGCCAUACAACUCGAUCCUUACAACCCACACUACACUGGAGCAUUCGGACUGUAGUUUCAUGGUCGACAAUGAGGCAAUCUACGACAUCUGCCGACGAAACCUGGGCAUCGAGCGACCCAGCUACGAAAACUUGAACCGACUGAUUGCUCAAGUUGUCUCUUCCAUCACUGCUUCCCUCCGAUUUGACGGUUCUCUGAACGUCGACCUCGCAGAGUUCCAAACCAACCUGGUCCCGUACCCUCGCAUUCACUUCCCCCUGGUUGCGUAUGCUCCGGUGGUGUCGGCUGCCAAAGCACAGCAUGAGGCCAACUCGGUUCAGGAGAUCUCCAUGUCCUGCUUUGAACCCAACAACCAGAUGGUCAAAUGCGAUCCACGUAACGGCAAAUACAUGGCAACUUGUUUGUUGUACCGUGGUGACGUUGUCCCCAACGACGUCCACCAGGCUGUUGCGACUCUCAAGACCAAACGCACGAUUCAAUUUGUCGAUUGGUGCCCGACGGGUUUCAAGAUUGGUAUCUGCUAUCAACCUCCCCAGAUGGUUCCAAAUGGCGAUUUGGCCAAGGUCAACCGCGCAGUAUGCAUGCUUUCGAACACUACGGCAAUUGCCGAGGCUUGGUCCGCAUUGUCCCACAAAUUUGACCUGAUGUACUCGAAGCGUGCCUUCGUCCAUUGGUACGUUGGCGAGGGUAUGGAAGAAGGCGAAUUCUCCGAAGCCCGCGAGGAUCUCGCUGCUUUGGAGCGAGACUACGAGGAGGUUGCAAGUGAUUCGAUUGAGGAGGGUGACGGUUCUGAGCUUGAGCACUAG